AUGGCUACUAACGCACCAAUUGAUAAUGAUACUCCAGCUCAGCGCCAAUCUAUUAAAAUAAACUCCAUUUUACAUAAGAUCAUCCUCAGUACUAAGUUAACCGCGACAAAUUAUGUUGCUUGGUCAGAUGGAGUUCGCUUUGGGCUAAUGGCAACUUUGUACAAUCACUAUCUUGAUUUGGAGGAAGCUGGAGGAGAUGGUAUUGAUCUACAAGUUGAUUUAGCUACUAAGAAAGCAUUGUUUUAUUGGUUACUCGCCAGUAUCGAACCGGUUCAAUCUACAAGAUUUAUAUCCAUGAUCUCUAAGUUCGAAAACGGGAUCAAGAUAACUCCUCCUUCACCAUCAUUGCUCUGGAAAACAAUCCAGAACCAUCACAUUAGCAAUUUGGAAUCCGUUAAGUUGAUGCUACGAAGUGAGAUAACUGACUUAAAUCAAGGUUCAACUAAAGACUUGCUGGAAUAUCUGGACAUCUUUCAUUUUAAAGUCGAUGCUUACCUAGGAUCUAACGGAGAAAUGACUAAGGAAGAACAAGCCAGACAAUUCGUCAGAUCGCUCAAUCAAGAAUGGGCUGAAAAAGGAUGUGAUUUGUUGGACGCCGGUCAUGUAAAAUUCAGUAACCUCAAAACCGAAUUGAAGAAAACAUAUCAAACCCGGAAAAUGUUCUCUUCCAGUUGA